AUGUGUUUUUGUAAGCCAUCGAAAUGGCAAAAUGAGCGAAAAGAAAUCCAAGAUCAUAAAUUUGAUUUUGUAGAUAUAGAAGAUUUUUAUGAGAAUUCAUUUAUAAGGAAGUUGAAAUAUAGUUUAGUUUUUCUUGUGGUAUUAAAGACAAUACUUGUAUACGUCGCAGAUUUAUGGACAGCUGGAAUUCUAUUGAUAUUUGAUAGAUGGGGAUCAACUAUAAAACCGAAAAUUCCGUUUUUUGUUUCAAAAUGGAUCUACGUUAUCGCUAUUUUAAUGUCAUUUUUCAUAUUAGCUUGGGAUAUAAAGAAAGCUCGGCCUAUUAUAGCUUCAAGGGAUAUUUCGUAUACAUUUACAAGUCUUGUUGCAACAAGAUUCUAUACAUUAAGAAGUUAUGCACAUUAUUGUUUCUUUUGUCAAAUUCAAGAGUCAACGAGUUUAGCUGACUCCGUAGCCUUUUUUAUAUACUUUACAUCUAAAGGAUGGAAACGUCUGAUACUUGCAGAGUUGCCGCGCCAAGCCAUUAAUGCCAUAACACUUUAUCCACUUAUUCAAUCCAACAAGACCCGAAGAUAUUGGGAUAUUACAGCUUAUGGAGAUACCAUAGAAAUCUUAAAGAAUAUUGUUGUCAUAAAAAUCGCAUUUUUACUUAAAAUGAAAUCUAAAAAACGUGUCGAGCAAUAUAAACAGCAAGCAGAAGCAGAAGCUAAAGGUGAUUACAGUCAUUUUAAGAAAAGAGGCGAUACAAUUAUACGACAUAAAGAACCUACACUACCCAUCUUUGAUGACUAUAACCUCAAAAAACCAUUAAAUUCACAUUUGGGAGUUCCACCGCCAUAUGUUUCGAGACCUGGUUCACCGGCACCGCCAUAUAUUUCAAGACCAGGUACUCCGGGUUAUCCUUCAAGGCCUGGUACUCCGGGUUAUCCUUCAAGGCCUGGUACUCCAGGUUAUCCCGUAAGAGUAGGGACACCUUCCUUGAACCCUGGAAUGCCAGGUUUUCCAUCUAGACCGGGCACCCCAGGAUAUGGACAGGUGAAACCUUACGUUCCUCCACUUCCAGUUUUGACGCGACGUAAUAGCGUCUCAUCUAUAAUGUCUGGAACCUCUGCUUCAAGUACAUCAUCAUAUGGUUUGGUUGGACCUGGAGGAUAUCAACAUCCUCAUGGUCCUCCUAGUAGAUCACCGACGCCGCCGGCAACCCAACCAAAGCACGAUUACGAUCAUAAUUUAAUUGCGCGAGCUGUAUUUAAUAGUGCUGAAUUAGGACUUAGACAAUCUAAUACGCCCUCGGAUUCGGGCAAUGAUGAUGAUUUAAACUCUGAAUAUGGUGGAUCUCAAUCAUCUUUAGGUGACAAUACAGCUACAAAUCCCUUAUUAAAUAGAUAUAACGAACAAAAUAUAUGUCGGGCACCCUCAUCGGUCCGUUCUUAUUCUCCUGCAUCAUCAAUAUCUUCAAGGUCAUCGAAUCCUAGAUCGCGUACUCCUCCUAUUGGAUCUCAUGGAAAUGUUCCCUCAAGAUAUAAACAUGAUCACAGGACACCUAGAUUUAAUAAUUAUACACAACAAGGGGGCGGGCUAAAUAGAAAUUAA